AUGAAUCUAUCGAUUCGAUUCCCGUUCGUAAGAUGUCCAUCCCUGGGACCGUCCCGGCCUCAAGCCAAUGGAGUUGAUCCACUUGAUCAGUUCAUCGAGACGGAUAUUAUCCCGCUCAGUGAGGACGAGUUAUUUGACCCUAUUCAGUACCGGAACGAGCGCUACUACACGCAGCCUUACCUCGCACAAAUGGCACUUGACGUGCUUGCUGUCCCCGCCAUGUCAGAUGAAUGCGAACGAUUGUUUAGUAGCGCCAAAAUCCUGCUGAGCGACCGUCGUUCCCGACUUGGGAUAGACAUAAUCGAAGCAAGCGAAUGUCUGCGAGCCUGGUAUGGACUGCCACCGAGCAGAUCCUUUGACGAUGAGGCUAUAGGUGCGAUUGAAGGAGAGACAGCGGCACUAGGAAAUAGCGAUGCCUUGAAGGCUGAAGAUUCGGGUAAUACUGACAAGACGGAUGUAGAUGAAUAUGAGCCUCAAAUCCUUGAUCAUGAGGGGCUAGACGAGGAAGGUUCUUGUGUAGAUGCCAUGGAUGAGGGUAAUAAAUCGCCUCUAAAUUAG